CCCAGCUCAGUUCCGGGGAGAGGAGAUGGGCGCAGGACGGGGCGUCCCCAUGGCCCAGCUGGCCCUGCUCACCCUGCUGGCCCUGCCGGGUGCCGGGGCAGUGACAGCGGAGAACAUGCUCUCCCAGGUGGCCUUCUACCAGCUCGCGGACCUGGCCCAGCGGGAGGCCGGGGAGUUCAUGUUCGAGUUCGACCAGGACGAGAUCUUCCACGUGGACCUGGAGAGGAAGGAGACCGUCUGGCGCCUGCCCGACUUCGGCAAGUUCACCAUCUUUGAGGCGCAGGGCGCCCUGGGCAACAUGGCCGUGCUGAAGAAGAACAUGGAGAUCAUGAUUAAGAAGAACAUGCUGAAGAAGAACAUGGAGAUCAUGAUUAAGAGGUUCAAUCGCACGCAGGCCCAGACCGUGCCCCCUGAGGUGACCGUGUUCCCCGAAGACCCCGUGGAGCUGGGCGAGCCCAACAUCCUGAUCUGCUUUGUGGACAAGUUCUUCCCGCCGGUGCUCAGCGUGACGUGGCUGAAGAAUGGGCAGGAGGUGACCGAGGGCGUCUCCGAGACCGACUUCUACCCCCGCCCAGACUACUCUUUCCGCAAGUUCUCCUACCUGCCCUUCCUCCCCAGCCAGGGCGACUUCUACGACUGCCGAGUGGAGCACUGGGGGCUGCCCGAGCCCUUCACGAAGCACUGGGAAGCCCAGGUGCCCACCCCUGUCCCCGAGACCACAGAGACCCUGGUGUGCGCCCUGGGCCUGGCCGUGGGCAUCAUCGGCAUCAUCGCGGGCACCAUCCUCAUCAUCAAGGGGAUGAAGAUGAACGCCGCCCGCAACCCACGGGGCCCCUUGUGA